AUGCCUCGUCGCCGCGCCCAGGAGCCCGGUGCGCAGCUGCUGCCCGCGCUGGCCCUGCCGCUGCUCCUGCUGCUCCUCUCGGAGCCCCGCGGCGGCUGCCUGGCCAACCCGGUGCCCGCCGCGCCCCAGUCCGCACCGGGCCCGUGCGCGGCGCAGCCCUGUCAGAACGGAGGUGUGUGCACCCCGCACCCCGCGCCCGGCCCUCAGCACCCGGGCGAGCCCGGCUACAGCUGCACCUGCCCUGCCGGGUUCUCCGGAACCGACUGCCAGCUCCUUGCAGAUCCGUGUGCCAGCAACCCUUGUCACCAUGGCAACUGCAGCAGCAGCAGCAGCAGCAGCAGCAGCAGUGAUGGCUACCUCUGUAUUUGCGAUGAAGGCUAUGAAGGUCCUCACUGUGAGCAGGCACUGCCCAGUCUCCCAGUCUCAGGCUGGACUGAAUCCACAGCCCCUCGACAGCUCCAGCCUGUUCCUGCCACCCAGGAGCCUGAAGUGACCGUAUCCCGCUCUCAGGCCACCGUGACGCUGCCGACAUGGCAGCCGAAAACAGGCCAGAAAGUUGUGGAGAUGAAAUGGGAUCAAGUGAAGGUGAUCCCUGAUACUGCCUGUGGGAAUGCCAGCUCCAACAGCUCAGCAGGUGGCCGCUUGGUGUCCUUUGACGUGCCUCAGAACACCUCAGUGAAGAUUCUGCAGGAUGCCUCCAUCUCGCUGAUUCUGUUGUGGAAGGUCACGGCUGCGGGCUUCCGGCAGUGCUCCCUCAUCGACGGCCGCAGUGUGACGCCCCUGCAGGCGCCAGGGGCCCUGGUGCUGCUGGAGGAGAUGCUCAGCUUGGGGCAGAACCACUUCAUUGGUUUUGUGAACGAUUCUGUUACUAAAUCUAUCGUGGCUUUGCGUUUGACUCUGGUGGUGAAGGCCAGCACCUGUGUGCCAGGUGAGAGCCAUGCCAACGACCUGCCUUGCUCUGGAAGAGGGACGUGCAGCACGAAGCCCUCGGAGGCAACGUUUUCCUGUACCUGUGAGGACCAGUAUGUGGGCACUUUCUGUGAAGAAUUUGACGCUUGCCAGAGGAAACCUUGCCAGAACAAUGGGAGUUGCGUUGAUGCAAACGAGAAGCACAAGGGGAGCAGUUUCACCUGCACCUGCCUUGCUGGUUACACUGGACAGCUUUGCGAAUCCAAGAUUGAUUACUGUAUCCUAGACCCGUGCAGAAAUGGAGCCACAUGCAUUUCCAGUCUCAGCGGAUUCACUUGCCAAUGUCUAGAAGGCUACUUCGGAUCUGCUUGUGAGGAAAAGGUGGACCCGUGCGCUUCGUCCCCAUGCCAGAACAACGGCACCUGCUAUGUGGAUGGCGUGCACUUCACCUGCAGCUGCAGCCCAGGUUUCACGGGCCCCACCUGUGCCCAGCUUGUCGACUUCUGCGCUCUCAACCCCUGUGCUCACGGCACCUGCCGCAGUGUGGGUACCAGCUACAAAUGCCUCUGUGAUCCAGGUUACCACGGCCUCUACUGUGAGGAGGAGUACAAUGAGUGCCUCUCUGCUCCUUGCCUGAAUGCGGCCACCUGCAGGGACCUGGUUAAUGGCUACGAGUGUGUGUGCCUGGCAGAAUACAAAGGGAUUCACUGUGAACUGUACAAGGAUCCCUGUGCCAACAUCAGCUGUCUGAAUGGAGGCACCUGUGACAGUGAAGGCUUGAACGGCACGUGCGUCUGCCCACCUGGCUUUACAGGUGACGAGUGCGACAUUGACAUAAACGAAUGUGACAGUAAUCCCUGCCAUCACGCUGGAACUUGCCUGGACCAGCCCAAUGGCUAUAGCUGCCACUGCUCACAUGGCUGGGUGGGAGCAAACUGUGAAAUCCACCUGCAGUGGAAGUCCGGUCACAUGGCGGAGAGCCUCACCAACAUGCCCCGGCACUCUCUGUACAUCAUCAUCGGAGCCCUCUGCGUCGCCUUCAUCCUCAUGCUCAUCAUCCUCAUCGUGGGCAUCUGCCGCAUCAGCCGCAUCGAGUACCAGGGCUCCGCCCGGCCUGCCUAUGAGGAGUUCUACAACUGCCGCAGCAUCGACAGCGAGUUCAGCAAUGCCAUCGCUUCCAUCCGUCAUGCCAGAUUUGGAAAGAAAUCUCGGCCUGCGAUGUAUGAUGUAACGCCCAUUGCCUAUGAAGAUUACAGUCCGGAUGACAAACCUUUGGUCACACUGAUUAAGACAAAAGAUUUGUAAUCUUUCCCUCU